GUUUGAAUGUAUCUCUAAUAUUCAUUUGUUUCCUAUGCCAGUAAGAUGUGUUACUACUUGCUCAUAUUUAAUUUAUUUUUAUUCUCUCUGGCAUGUGAACGGUCCCUAGAAGUAAGGGGUGUGGAGGAUUCCUGUUGGACGAAAAACGUGGAGGUAAUCGACAGAUUACAAUACACCGGGAAGAGCAUCUUAAAUUUUGCGAAGAAAAAGCUUGGAAUGGAGGUCGAGGCGGGCGACGAACCUCAAAAGUGUGACUACUACAACUGCAUAUUUCAAGAGCUCAAAAUGUUAAGCGACGGACAUCCUUCCGAGGAAAAAAUUAUGAAAUGGAUAAAGAACAAUAUUAUAUACAAUCAUGCAAUAGUCCUAUUAUCUCGGGUCGACACUUGCAGCACACAACUGACAAGGAGCAUCGGUUCAAACACAUUUUUUUCUGUGGAAGUUCUGGAGGAAACGACUCUAAAAAGUGAUGAAUAUAACGAGCCCUUAAAGCUUCAAGGUAAAUGCGAAGUCGUGGCGGAAUACAUGAAAUGCAUGUUUGCGAUGGAAAAAAGCGAUUGUCCAGUAUUUCAAUAUCCAUAAAGGAAUUUCAUCAACAAGACAUUUUUUUCAGUCAAAUGUGAAACGGUGUUUCAGUAAGUGGCAUAAAAAAAUUAUGAAUAUUAUAACUUUUGCAAUAUAUCUUACAGAUCAA